AUGCUCGCCAGAGUGGAUGGUGAGAAGCGGGGACGAUUGCAGUUCGCACCCAAUCAACUUUUUGGAAGGAGAUUUGAGAACUGUUUGAGAGAAAGAACUGAACGCCCACGUCUCGCAGGGCCUGAAAUCAUCAAUCUAGAGUUGGAAGCAGCCCUCAGACUGAUGAUGGGCCUUUUGGAGAAAAAUUCGCCCAGAACAGUCGAUGCUCGACACUUCGAUUGGUUCCGCAUGUAUGUGGACGCUUCAUUUGAACCUGUGGCUAUUCAGGUCUUAGCAGCCAUCUUCACGAGCCAUGACCAGAAGAUUGCCAUUCUGGAAUUGGAAGGCCUGGCCAUUUUGACGGCCCUGAGAACGUUUCGAGAUUAG